UUUUAUAUAAAACCCAACAUGUUUUAAGGACUGGACUACCAGGGACGAAUACAAGCUUCGCCUGGGCUUGGAAUGACCCGUAAAUGCGCGGGUAGGCUAGGGCUUUCUCCUCUUCGUUAUUUCCAUUUUUUGUUUUAACUUUCCCGCUAUUUUCUUUUUUCAUUUAUUUUCGCGGCUUUAGAUCAGCACCGUACCAAGUGACAAAUUUUCUCGACGAGGUUUAUUUCAGAUUUUAUUUUUCUUUUCGUAUUUUCUGAUUUGUCAAACUGUAUGAAUUCUCGAGAGGUCCUUCUUGUUUCUACAGCGACGGUAUUCGGUGCAUUGACAUCUGCAUUCGUAGUUCGCUUCUUUUUCUCCAACCAGAAAAAACACAAUUCUCCAUCGCUAAACGGUGUCAUUUCAAAAAACUGCUCUUCUCAGAGCCCCUUUGAUCCUGCCAAGCGCAAAGAAUAUUUGUCCUGGGACGAUUAUUUUAUGGCAAUUGCGUUUUUAUCAGCUGAACGAUCUAAAGAUCCAAACCGGCAGGUUGGUGCAUGCUUGGUCAGUCAAAAUGGAGUUAUUCUUGGCAUUGGCUAUAAUGGGUUUCCAAGAGGUUGCUCAGAUGACAAACUUCCUUGGGCAAAGAAAUCUAAAACUGGGAAUCCCUUGGAGACGAAGUAUCCUUAUGUUUGCCAUGCCGAAGUUAAUGCUAUCCUGAACACAAAUCAUGCUUCUGCUGCUGGUCAGAAGCUUUAUGUGACCAUGUUUCCUUGCAAUGAAUGUGCCAAGAUAAUCAUUCAGUCAGGUGUAUCCGAAGUUAUAUAUUUUGUGGAGAAGAACUUGAGUAAUUCUGAGACGGCAUACAUUGCUUCACACAAGCUACUAUCUAUGGCUGGAAUCAAAGUCAGAAGACAUCAGCCUCAAAUGAGUCAAAUAUUGAUCAAGUUUGAAGAUCCUAGACGAUGACUUUGAUUUUGUUUAUUUGUGAAGCCUGGAGAUUGCUCGUCUUUUACGAUCUGUUCAAUGGAAGGUCAUGGUACACUGAACUUCCUGUGGUAUGUAUGCAUUGCACACAACCAAGUAAUUUAACAGUAUAUGUAUAACAUUUUGUUGUUCUGGAAAUAUAACUGCAAACAAGUUCUAAUA